AUCUACUCACACAGGCAAAACAGGUUCUUUUGGAUAGCAUCCAUUGGCCGCAGUGCUACAUAUAAACCCCAUCUGAAGACUGAUACGGUCUCAGGUGGAAUAUAAUGGAACGACUCUUCUUUCGUGAUAGGAGACUAGCUGGAAGUGUUCACAACCGGGCUGACCCGAAGUGAGGAUGUAUACUUGUUGCGGGUGGCGCAGCGUGGUACCCUUUCAUUUAGAUUCGUCCGUCCUCAAUGGCCAAGAUAUCGGUGCUGAUCGUCAAUCCAAACACUACGGAAUAUAUGACAAAUCAGCUUAAGCCUAUUGUGUCUAGCCUCGAGUAUUCCGACACAGCCUUCACAUUCUUCACAAGUCCGUCAGGACCUCCGAGUAUAAAUGAUAAUGAGACAGCACUCAAGAGCGCCGAACACAGUCUCCCUCAUCUCAAGAGGCUGAUCGAUACACACGAUGGGUUCCUGGUCGCAUGCUACAGCGUCCAUCCUCUUGUGAAGUUACUGAAAGAGCGCACGCGUAAACCGGUCGUUGGUAUAUUCGAGGCAAGCAUCACAACAUGCUUGCAGCUUAUAGGAUCGAAUGGAACAUUCGGUAUUGUUUCUACAGGGUACAUAUGGGAGAAACUACUGAGGGAAGGAGUUUAUGAUAUGCUUGGCGUACCGAGGGAUGACACAGCAGCACGUUGCAGUCGUUUUGCAGGUGUCCAAACUACUGGUUUGGAUGCUAUAGAACUUCACGAAACUCCUGCUGAAAAAGUUCAACUACGCAUCGCAGAUGCUACGAAGCGGCUCAUACGUUCCAACAACCAACUUGAGGCAAUUUGUCUCGGGUGCGCUGCUAUGGCUGGGCUGCAGGAUAUGAUCCGUCAGGCUUGUAUCGACGAACUUGGUGGAAUUGAAGGAUCAAAUAUCAUGAUUAUCGAUGGCGUGAAAGCAGGAGUGGGUAUACUGGUGGGACUUGUAAAAGGCCAAUUCGCGUGAAAGUAACUGAUGAUCGGGGAAUCGGGGAACGGAAGAGUUACAUGAUGGAACCUUGGCUGUACCACCAUUGGUAAUGCUUCAUGGAAUCAAAAUCCACUCUGUUACCAAUCCCGGUGGUUUAUCUCGGUUUUACUAUCCUCGUACCAAGCACACCAUAUUUUCUGACAAUAAUAUGUGCUGAAAUGAAGGU